AUGGACCCCUUCCCCAUCGGAACUCGCGUCUUCUUCCUCGAGGGCGGGAAGACUCGCACCGGCACAGUGCAAGACACCGAGACCAUCGAGGGUCUCCGGUUUGUCAUCAUCAAGCUCGACGACGGCAACCCAAGGCCUGUGAAGCUGCCUGUCAACAGCGUCUCAAAAGCCAAUUGA